AUGCCACAGGUGAUAUUUGUCCUUGGAGGUCCUGGUGCAGGAAAGGGGACACAAUGCGCCCUUAUAUCUAAGGAAUAUCUUAUACCCCAUAUAUCUGCAGGGGAUUGUCUAAGAGAGGAGCAAUCAGACCCUAAAAGUCCUUAUAGCCAAUUAAUUGAGGAUUGUAUACGCGAGGGCCGUAUAGUACCAAUGACGAAUAAGGAAUCGUUACCAAUAGAAAUAGCAAGAAUAUCUCGUGAUUAUUAUUAUGAUUCUUCUUUGGUAAAUAUUUGCCAUAAAAUUAUUAAACAAUUAGGGUUUAAUUCUCCUGAUGAAUUGCUGCAGCAGCAUGAACAGCAGCAGCAGCAACAGCAACAGCAGCAGCAGCAGCAGGAAGCAGCAGCAGCAGCAGCAGCAGCAGGAUCAUCUUCUUCUUCCUCUUCCUCUUCCUCAACAACAACAACAACAACAAUAACAACAGGAGAGGAUAAAUCCCAGCAACAGCAGCAACAGCAGCACCAGCAGCAGCAGCAGCAGCAGCAGCAGGAGGAGAAGGAUGAAGAAAAUGAGGAGAAGAAGCAAGAGAAGAUAUUGCAGCAACUGCAGCAGCAACUAGUGCAGCAGCAGCAGGAAGAAGAAGAAGGAGAAAAAAAAGGAGAAAAAAAAAGAGGAAUAAGAAUAAAGAAUGUAAUUUAUUUUGAAUGUCUAGAGGAGAAGAUUGGAUACAGCAGCAAGAGGGCCCCCAACAGGGCCCUCCCGAUGAUCCUCCUGAAAUACAUACUUCCCCAGCAGCAGCAGCAGCAGCAGCAGCAACAGCAGCAACAGCAGCAGCAGCUGCUCCAACACCAACAACAGCAGCAGCAGCAACAACAACAACAGCAACAGCAGCAGGACUCGAUGUUGCAGCAGACAACACUUGCCUGUUUGAAGACAGAUACGAUGCAACUGCAGCAGCAGCAGCAGCAGGAGCAGCAGCAACAGCAGCAGGAGGAGGAGGAGUAA